UUUAUUUCAGAAUGAUCCAGUCAUUAGACAAAGGAAUCUCAGAACAAAAGGCAACAGCUUUCAAUUAACUCUCGAGAAAUUUCCGAAGAAAAUACUCCAGUAUGAAUACCAAAAAAAUAAUUCCCAUUGGAUUCUGAUCACAACUAUAAAGGAAACUAUAGGAAUUGCUUUACAAAGAAUCUUAUUGAAUGCAUGACCUUCCCUGAAAGAGGAUGGGAAAAUGGAAGUCUCUCGUCCUAGCAGGCAAGUUGUCUUGUUCUUUAUUUCUCUAUGUAGCUCUGGUAUGUUGUGUGAACCAUUCCGCUAUUCAGUGCCUGAGGAGAAGAAAGCUGGAUCAAUAGUAGCAAAUGUGCUAAAAGAUUUGAAAAUAGAUGUGAAGGAGCUUUCUGCUCGCAGAGCACAGUUGAUUUCUAAGAGUUCCAGGCAGGAUUUCCAGCUGGAUCCCCAAUCUGGAAAUAUAAUAUUGAGGGAUAAAAUUGACCGAGAAGCUUUGUGUGGUCUGAGUGAUCCUUGCACUCUAUUCUCUGAAAUUUUGCUGGAAAAUCCUCUUCAAUUCUUCAAAAUUGAAGUUCAGGUAGAAGAUGUCAAUGAUAAUUCCCCUAUAUUCUCUCAGAAUCAAUUCCUUUUUGAAAUACCUGAGCAGACUCCCAUAAAUGCACGUUUCCCCUUGGAGACAGCCCACGAUUUAGACAAAGGAAAAAAUGCUAUCCAGAACUAUAUACUUAGCACAAGCGAAUAUUUUAAGCUGUACGUACAAAGUCAAAAUGAUGGCAGCAAAUAUUCAGAACUGCUUUUGGCAAAACCGUUAGACCGCGAGGUGAUCCCUCAGUUUAUUCUCACUCUGGAAGCUGUGGAUGGAGGGAUCCCAAGGAGAACUGGCACAGCACAGAUAAUUAUUGAUAUUCUGGAUAUCAAUGAUAACGUGCCCCAAUUUGAACAAACAGUGUAUAAAGUGCAGCUAAUGGAAAAUAGUCAUCCAGGUUCAUUGGUUGCUAAAGUUGAAGCCACUGACAAAGACAUUGGAUCCAACGCUCACAUCAUUUACACUUUUAGCCAAGCACCAGCAGAUGUACUCCGAUCAUUCAGGUUAAACAAUCAUACUGGGGAAAUUACACUCGUAGGGAAAAUUGAUUAUGAAAUAAACAGUAAAUAUCAACUCAGUAUCAAAGCCACAGAUGGAGGGGGAUUGUCUGCUUACUGUAAAGUUCUUGUUGACAUUGAAGAUGAGAAUGACAAUGCUCCAGAAAUAAUUGUAUCAUCCACCACUAAUCCUUUACCAGAAAAUUCUCCCCCGGAAACACUGGUGGCACUUUUUGGCAUCAGAGAUCAAGACUCCGGAGACAAUGGCAGAACUACCUGCAGCACUGAGAAAAACCUGCCUUUUAUACUAAAACUGACUGAGAACAAUUAUUAUCAGCUUGUGACGCAACAGCCAUUGGACAGAGAACAAAUGUCACAUUAUAACAUCACCAUCACAGCCACCGACCAAGGUUCUCCCAGACUCACUUCAAUCACAGUUAUUAGCAUUCAACUUUCAGACAUCAAUGAUAACCCUCCAAUGUUUGAAAAAGGUUUCUACAAUUUGCAUUUAAGAGAAAACAACAUUCCAGGACUGCUCAUCGGAUCAGUCCAUGCUGCAGAUGUGGACACAGAACAGAAUGCCAAAGUAACCUACUCUCUUUUGUUUGGAAAGAUCAGGGAAGAGCCUGCAUCAUCUUACAUCUCCAUCAACUCUGAAACUGGGAACUUGUAUGCCAUUCGAUCUAUAGAUUAUGAGGAUAUACAAGAUUUCCAGGUGAUGGUGAGGGCUGUAGACAAGGGUUCACCUCCCCUGAGCUCAGAAACGAUGGUCCGAGUUCUUAUCACGGAUGAAAACGACAAUGCCCCCUUCAUCCUCUGCCCUCUUCAGAACAGUACUUCUCCAUCAAAUGAUCUGGUUCCCAGGGGAGCAGAGACAGGCUACCUAGUCACCAAAGUGGUGGCAGUGGACAGAGAUUCAGGGCAGAAUUCUUGGCUUUUCUAUCAGUUGCUGAAGGCCACAGAUCCGAGUCUCUUCACUGUUGGGACUCAGAAUGGGGAAGUGAAAACCAUGAGGCCGGUGAAUAUCCGAGACAGUUUCAAACACACUCUUAUUGUGGCAGUUAGGGAUAAUGGGCAUCCUCCUCAGUCUGUCUCUGCGACCCUAAGAAUUCUUCUAGUGGAUGGCUUCUCUGAUCCUUACAUGAAAAUUAUGGAUAAUCCUAAGGAUGAAGUCCUACAGGAGGGAGAUCAUACUCUAACACUGUAUUUGAUUAUCUGUUUGGUUGCCAUCUCAUCCAUUUUUCUGCUUUCUGUUACUGUGUUUAUUGCAACCAAGUUUCAGAAGCGAAAGAAGUUCUUAGGAAGUUCUCAUUCUGCAUCGAAUUUUCCGAUGGGACCAAAUUUGCAAGAGAAGUGUGUGGAUCCUAAUACUGGGACAUCUUCCCAGGCCUACAGCUAUGAAGUGUGCUUAACUGAUGGGUCUCUGAGCAGUGAGUUUAAAUUCCUUAGGCCUUUCUUUCCUGUUUUUACUAUGGAGCAUCAAAAAACUCUGCUGAAUCCACAGAUUCGUAAUGAUUGCCAUAAUCUUCCUAAUCAAUUGGAGGAAAGAGAGCAUAUAACCCAGGAUCUUCUCAGAGGUGCCCCGAAUCGCCUCCACGACUGGUACAUCCUUGCAGAAGAAGCCGAAAUCAACCAAGUGAGAAAUCAAUACCACUCCAGCAGAAUGUGGAAGCAUUCUCCACCCAAGAGAAAGAGAGAAGUUGCCAAGCCCCAGGCAGUGCUGCCACAUUCGAUGCCCUGUUUCAAGUGCAGAAAGAAGGGUCACAGAGCUGUUGAAUGCCACACAAAGACUCCAACUAAGAAAGGAGAUUGCCCACAACACACAAAUGACAAAGCCCUGAAGAGCGCCAAGAUUGUGCAAUUCUGUCCCUCCCCAAAACCUGGAGGGGGAACUCCGACCCCAUCAGAAGAAGAACCAGGGCCAUUGUAUAGCAACUUUGGUGAUGACCCCCUGUUUCUGGAGGGGAACAAGAUUCCAUUCCAGGUGUGGACCGAUCACAAAAACCUGGAAGCUCUAAAGACCCCAAGAAAACUGUCCCCUAAACAGGAAGAGACUGGAGUCAUGGAGAAUUGCUUUUGGAAAAGGCAAGGUCUGUAUGUCAUUCUCUCUUUCUCAUUCCUUAGAGUAAUGUGUGCUUCAAUUCGCUUUUCUGUCCCUGAAGAAAAGAAAAAGGGGUUUCUGGUGGCUAAUGUCAUCAAGGAAAUGAAACUGAAAACAGGAGAGCUCUCCACACGCAAAGCACAUUUAGUUGCUGAGGGCAUUCAGGAAUACUUCCACCUUAAUAUUCAUACUGGGAAUCUGUUGAUUAAUGAUAAAAUAGACAGAGAAGCUUUAUGUGGCCAGAAUGAUCCUUGUCUACUUCUUUCUCAGCUUGUUUUGGAAAACCCCUUAGAUAUCUUUAAUAUUGAAAUCAAGAUAGAAGAUGUGAAUGACAAUGCACCCAAAUUUUGGAAAAACAAAGUGGAGGUAGACAUUCCUGAAAAUAUUCCAAUAAAUAUGAUAUUUCCCUUAGAAUUAGCUCAGGAUGAUGACUUGGGAGAAAAUAGCAUCCAAAAUUAUACUCUUAGUCCCAAUGAGCAUUUUCAGCUUGAAGUACAAAAGAAUGAAGAUAGAAAAGACAAUAUAUACCUUCUUUUGAAGAAAACAUUAGAUAGGGAGAGGAUGCCACACCUUGAAUUGAUUCUAAUGGCUAUUGAUGGAGGAGUUCCAAAGAAAACCGGCACAGUUCAAAUUAAUAUUAAUGUUCUGGAUAAUAAUGAUAACUUUCCUCUGUUUAGUAAGUCUGAAUAUAAAGCAAAAAUAAAGGAGAAUCUCCCUAAGGGCACUCUUGUGAUUAAGGUGGAAGCUACAGAUCUGGAUUUGGGUUCAAAUGCACAGAUACUCUACUCAUUCCAUCAAGUGCCUGAAAGAAUAAACAAUUUGUUUUAUUUAAAUGAAAUUACUGGUGAUAUAACUGUUUGGGGACAGAUUGAUUAUGAAAAAGAAAAGAGUUAUAGCAUGAGCAUCAGAGCAACAGAUGGAGGGGGUCUUCCAGGGCACUGCAAUGUACUGAUAGAAGUUGAAGAUGAGAAUGACAACCCCCCAGAAGUGUCCAUCAUAUCUCUGACCAAUGCUUUAAAGGAGGACUCUCCGCCAGACACAAUGGUGGCCCUCUUCAGUGUGAGAGACCAAGACUCUGGAGACAACAGCAAAACGGUCUGCUCCGUGCAGAUGAAUCUCCCUUUUGUGCUGAAAGCCACCAUGAACAACUUUUAUCAACUUGUGCUCCAAAGUCCCCUAGACAGAGAGACGGUCACUGAAUACAACAUCACCAUCACUGCCAUUGACUGGGGAUCUCCUAGGCUCACUUCAACAAGACUGAUUAAUGUUCAGAUCUCCGAUGUCAAUGAUAACUCUCCCCUUUUUGAAAAGUCUUCAUAUGACAUGCAGAUCAGGGAGAAUAAUAUUCCAGGCUUCCUCAUCGGCUCAGUCCACGCUCUGGAUCUAGACACAACGCUGAAUGCUAAAGUGAAUUACUUAGUUGUGCCUGGGAAGGGUGAUGGCCUGGUGACCCCUUACAUCUCAGUUAACUCUGAAACUGGAAACAUGUAUGCCCUCCGAUCCCUGGACUAUGAACAGAUAAGAGGCUUCAGAGUUACUGUGAGGGCAUGUGAUGGAGGUUCUCCUUCCUUGAGCUCAGAAGUGAUUGUCCGAAUCCACAUCAUAGAUGAGAAUGACAACGCUCCCUUCUUCCUGUAUCCCCUCCAGAACAACACAUCCCCAUGCAAUGAGCUGCUUCCCAAGUCAGCCGAGGCCGGCUAUCUGGUCACCAAAGUGGUUGCAGUGGACACAGAUUCUGGCCAAAACUCUUGGCUUUCCUAUGAAUUGCUGAAGGCCACGGAUCCAGCCCUUUUCAGCAUAGGAGUGCAGAAUGGGGAAGUGAAAACGAGGAGAGCCCUGAAUGAGCGAGACAUAAACAAGCAGAGGCUGGUGAUACUGGUCAGAGACAACGGUCUCCCUCCACAGACCAGCACGGCAUUGCUUAAUGUUCUUCUUGUGGAUGGCUUUUCGGAUCCCUUCCUAAGGAGGGUGGAUGUCAGUGUGCAAGAACCGGAAGAAGAUAAAACUUUGACCAAGUAUUUGGUGAUCUGCUUGGCUGCAGUCUCCUUUGUGUUCCUGGUCUGUAUUGUUGUGUUUAUUGUGGUCAAAAUCCUCAAGAAGGACCCCCAAAGCCAAUUUCCUGCUACUCAUCCUCACUUCCCACCUGCCAGUGCUGAUACACAAGAGAACUGUGCUGAUUCACAGAAUGGGUCGCUCCAGACUUACCGUUAUGAUGUCUGUUUGACUGGUGGAUCCUUAAGUAGCGAGUUCCGAUUUCUCAGGCCCCUCUUUCCGGUCUUUUCGGUGGGAGAUGUUAACGUCCCAGGGAACAAUAGUAUUUCUGCAGGUAUCCAAGAUACUUCUGAGCAGGUUGCAGUUAAUGGCGCAAAGAAAGAGGUGAGGAAAACAUGCAAUUCCCUGAAAGAGGCUGGGAAAAUGGAAGUCUCUUGUCCUAGCAGGCAAGUGGUCUUAUUCUUUAUUUCUCUAUGUAGCUCUGGUAUGUUGUGUGAACCAUUCCGCUAUUCAGUGCCUGAGGAGAAGAAAGCUGGAUCAAUAGUAGCAAAUGUGCUAAAAGAUUUGAAAGUAGAUGUGAAGGAGCUUUCUGCUCGCAGAGCACAGUUGAUUUCUAAGAGUUCCAGGCAGGAUUUCCAGCUGGAUCCCCAUUCUGGAAAUAUAAUAUUGAGGGAUAAAAUUGACCGAGAAGCUUUGUGUGGUCUGAGUGAUCCUUGCACUCUAUUCUCUGAAAUUUUGCUGGAAAAUCCUCUUCAAUUCUUCAAAAUUGAAGUUCAGGUAGAAGAUGUCAAUGAUAAUUCCCCUAUAUUCUCUCAGAAUCAAUUCCUUUAUGAAAUACCUGAGCAGACUCCCAUAAAUGCACGUUUCCCCUUGGAGACAGCCCACGAUUUAGACAAAGGAAAAAAUGCUAUCCAGAACUAUAUACUUAGCACAAGUGAAUAUUUUAAGCUGGACAUACAAAGUCAAAAUGAUGGCAGCAAAUAUUCAGAACUCCUUUUGGCAAAACCGUUAGACCGCGAGGUGAUCCCUCAGUUUAUUCUCACUCUGGAAGCUGUGGAUGGAGGGAUCCCAAGGAGAACUGGCACAGCACAAAUAAUUAUUGCUAUUCUGGAUAACAAUGAUAACGUGCCCCAAUUUGAACAAACAGUAUAUAAAGUGCAGCUAAUGGAAAAUAGUCAUCCAGGUUCAUUGGUUGCUAAAAUUAAAGCCACUGACAAAGACAUUGGAUCCAACGCUCACAUCAUUUACACUUUUAGCCAAGCACCAGCAGAUGUACUCCGAUCAUUCAGGUUAAACAAUCAUACUGGGGAAAUUACACUCGUAGGGAAAAUUGAUUAUGAAAUAAACAGUAAAUAUCAACUCAGUAUCAAAGCCACAGAUGGAGGGGGAUUGUCUGCUUACUGUAAAGUUCUUGUUGACAUUGAAGAUGAGAAUGACAAUGCUCCAGAAAUAAUUGUAUCAUCCAUCACUAAUCCUUUACCAGAAAAUUCUCCCCUGGAAACACUGGUGGCACUUUUUGGCAUCAGAGAUCAAGACUCCGGAGACAAUGGCAGAACUACCUGCAGCACUGAGAAAAACCUGCCUUUUAUUCUAAAACUGACUGAGAACAAUUAUUAUCAGCUUGUGACGCAACAGCCAUUGGACAGAGAAGAAAUGUCACAUUAUAACAUCACCAUCACAGCCACCGACCAAGGUUCUCCCAGACUCACUUCAAUCACAGUUAUUAGCAUUCAACUUUCAGACAUCAAUGAUAACUCUCCAAUGUUUGAAAAAGGUUUCUACAAUUUGCACUUAAGAGAAAACAACAUUCCAGGACUGCUCAUCGGAUCAGUCCAUGCUGCAGAUGUGGACACAGAACAGAAUGCCAAAGUAACCUACUCUCUUUUGUUUGGAAAGAUCAGGGAAGAGCCUGCAUCAUCUUACAUCUCCAUCAACUCUGAAACUGGGAACUUGUAUGCCAUUCGAUCUAUAGAUUAUGAGGAUAUACAAGAUUUCCAGGUGAUGGUGGGGGCCGUAGACAAGGGCUCACCUCCCCUGAGCUCAGAAACAAUGGUCCGAGUUCUUAUCACGGAUGACAAUGACAAUGCCCCCUUCAUCCUCUGCCCUCUUCAGAACAGCACUUCUCCAUCAAAUGAUCUGGUUCCCAGGGGAGCAGAGACAGGCUACCUAGUCACCAAAGUGGUGGCAGUGGACAGAGAUUCAGGGCAGAAUUCUUGGCUUUUCUAUCAGUUGCUGAAGGCCACAGAUCCGAGUCUCUUCACUGUUGGGACUCAGAAUGGGGAAGUGAAAACCAUGAGGCCGGUGAAUAUCCGAGACAGUUUCAAACACACUCUUAUUGUGGCAGUUAGGGAUAAUGGGCAUCCUCCUCAGUCUGCCUCUGUGACCCUAAGAAUUCUUCUAGUGGACGGCUUCUCUGAUCCUUACAUAAAAAUUAUGGAUAAUCCUAAGGAUGAAGUCCUGCAGGAAGGAUAUCAUACACUAACACUGUAUUUGAUUAUCUGUUUGGUUGCCAUCUCAUCCAUUUUUCUGCUUUCUGUUAUGGUGUUUAUUGCAACCAAGUUUCAGAAGCGAAAGAAGUUCUUAGGAAGUUCUCAUUCUGCAUCGAAUUUUCCGAUGGGACCAAAUUUGCAAGAGAAGUGUGUGGAUCCUAAUACUGGGACAUCUUCCCAGGCCUACAGCUAUGAAGUGUGCUUAACUGAUGGGUCUCUGAGCAGUGAGUUUAAAUUCCUCAGGCCUUUCUUUCCUGUUUUUACUAUGGAGCAUCAAAAAACUCUGCUGAAUCCACAGAUUCAUAAUGAUUGCCAUAAUCUUCCUAAUCAAUUGGAGGAAAGAGAGCAUACAACCCAGGGCAAAGUUCCUCUGUCUGAAGAUCCUGCUGCUAAAUCUGGAGGCCCAAGUUGUACUGUAAAUCAAGCAAUAGGUGCAAAUAUGAACUCUGGUCAAAGUGACUGGCUUUCCUAUCACUAGAUUACAAUUACCAACUCCAUCCAUCAUUCUGUCUCUGUCAGAAGAUACAUGCAAGAAUCCUCUAGCCUGAAAAGAAUGGGUCCUUUCUAUAAAAGAACAUCAGAGACAAACUUUGAAAACUCUUUUAAGCAAGCCAGAUUGAAAAUAACAAGAAUGCCCUUAUGCUGUUCCAUUCACUUUGACUGUAUUUGUGUGGAAUAAUAUACAAAUGGAUUAUAUGAAUACAUUUUACCUAAUAUAUAACUGAUUUGUUAUUUCUGCUUUGUAGAAUUUUACAAUAGGAUACUGCUUUUUUUGACCUAAGAGACCCAGCUACAUGUUUAUCAUUAUGAUUCUUCUUUGAUUUAUGAUUUAUGAGAUUAUGCUGCUCUCCAUAAAAUAUUUUAAAUAGUUAUAUUAAUUCUUUGGACAUUUUAUUCAUUUAAAUAAUAAAAUGUAUCUGCUUAAAUUUCUGAUAACACAAGUGAUUAGGUAUGCUUAGUUAGAAAAAAAGAGAACGAUUUUCCUAAUGAUGGUGCACAUCAUAUCCUCAGUGUAUCUAAGUCCUCAGUUAUCUCACGAUCUGAGGUUAGCCUUGAAAUAGUGAUUUUCACAAUACCCAAACACUACAUGUGCAUGUCUACAUGCAAAAUGGAAUUUCAGUAAUCAACAAUUAUUCUUGAUUUCCAUCACAGUGUACAGUAUUACAUACUGUACAUUCAUACACACAUACAUGAAUGCAUGCAUACAUACAUAAUAUACUGCAAAGUAGCUAAUUCUCUUUUGGAAAAAGUGGAAUGAACUAUGCACAAUUUGAAAAGAGUGCUAUGCCCUCAGUGUCAUUAUAGUCAAGAGGACCACAUAAGCUCCCUCACUCCUUUGCUGCCCUUUAAGAUCUGUUUACUUAUGGUGAUCAGAAGUAUUCCAAGAGUAAGUAAAUGACUUUUAACACCAAUAUUGACAGUACAUUCUAUAGCCAAAAAAAAAAAAAAAAAAAUUAAUUCAGUAGUAAAUCUAUAAGAAAGUGCUUCUAUUAAGGACUACUUUUUAAAAUAGGAUUUUAAACAUAGGAUUUUUAAAAAUCCUGUUUUAAUAUAAUUUUCUAGUUUUGUGCUUACAUAGCUGAAUGAGAUGUCUGUACAUUUUGUGUUUUGCUAGUAGUAUUGUGUUCAAACAAUCACAAAAAUCACAAUUGUAAAGAGAUUUGUAUCUGUGGAUGAAAAAGAUUAGCAAGUAGUAUAUUGAUGUAGCAGAUUAGAUAGUGAAGGAUGCAAUGAGGAAACAACUGGAAUCAGCAAGAAAAUAUAUAAAUGCUUCAAAGGAUGUAGAAUAAGUACACCCAUUUUGAUUUAUGCACUGUAUCACUAUGUAAAGUCAAAAUUAAAAUACCAUAUACAUAUUGUAAGCCAGAUUUUAAUAUUGUAUUUGUAUGCUCAAAAUUAAUAAAAUUGGUUUGUAAAUUC